CAGAGGACCCACGUGUUCCGACCCGCUGGGCCCCGCGCGACUCGGAUCCCGCUCGGCUCUUUCGGCCGGGAGUGGGUGGGGGAGCACCGGGCAGGGGAGGAGCCGCCGGAGCAGCGGGAGACGUCCCUUAGGAGGAACCCCUUGAGCUACCCGGUCUAAAAUACGUUAAUGCCGGUGUGAGGGCUAAAUGGUGUGAUAACACCCAAGAGCCAGGAAAUGGCAACAGCCUUGGAGCCAGAGGACCAAGAUCUUUGGGAAGAAGAAGGAGUUCUGAUGGUGAAACUGGAGGAUGAUUUCACAUGCGGGCCCGAGUCCGCCUUGCAGGGCGAUGAUCCUGUACUGGAGACCUCUCACCAGAACUUCCGCCGCUUCCGAUACCAGGAAGCAUCGAGCCCUCGAGAAGCUCUCAUCAGACUUCGAGAGCUUUGCCAUCAGUGGCUGAGGCCAGAGAGGAGAACAAAGGAGCAGAUUCUUGAGCUGCUGGUGUUGGAACAGUUCCUCACUGUCCUGCCUGGAGAACUGCAGAGCUGGGUGCGAGGCCAGCGGCCCGAGAGUGGCGAGGAGGCAGUGACGCUGGUGGAGGGUUUGCAGAAACAACCCAGGAGACCAAGGCGGUGGGUAACCGUCCAUGUUCAGGGCCAGGAAGUCCUGUCAGAGGAGACCCUACACCUAGGGCUGGAGCCGGAGUCCUCCAGUGAGCAACAAGAUCCCACACAAACCUUGACCACUGAGCAGCCCCAUGAGGAAGCACUCCGAAGCCCAGAUCUGGGGACACAGGAACAGGAGACCUUGCAGCAUGAAGAGGAGCACCUGCCCCUGCCGGAAUGUGAGGUUCCAGUGUCCCAGGAUGUAGACUUUCCCACAGAACAAGGGUCUGGACACCCAGAGAUGGUUGCUCUUCUCACUGCUCUCUCUCAGGGACUGGUCACAUUCAAGGAUGUGGCUCUAUGCUUCUCACAGGAUCAAUGGAGUGAUCUGGAUCCAACACAAAAAGAAUUCUAUGGAGAAUAUGUCUUGGAAGAAGAUUGUGGAAUUGUGGUCUCUCUGUGAGACAUGAGUGAAGCUGAGGAAGAAUGUGUUGAGCAACAAGAUACACACAAGUCUACUUUGGCAAACACAGAAGUUCACCAGACUCCAGAUUGGGAAAUAGUUAUUGAGGAUAAUACCAGUAGACUUAAUGAAAGAUUUGGUACAAAUGUUUCUAAAGUUAAUAGUUUCACAAAUAUUAGGGAAACUAUGCCUGUUCACUCCCAAUCAGGGAGGCAGCAUCAUUGCCCUCUAUGUGCAAAAAGCUUCACGUGUAAUUCUCAUCUUAUUAGGCACUUAAGAACUCACACAGGAGAAAAACCCUAUAAAUGUAUGGAGUGUGGGAAAAGUUACACACGCAGCUCACAUCUAGCUAGGCACCAGAAAGUCCAUAAGAUGAACACUCCUCAUAAACAUCCUCCAAACCGGAAGACUGUGGAUGGCCCUCUGGUCCAGUCUGAGGUAACUACCCGUGUGGAGAAACCAUAUACCUGUGAUGAUUGUGGAAAACAUUUCCGUUGGACGUCGGACCUGGUCAGGCACCAGAGGACACAUACAGGAGAAAAACCUUUUUUCUGUACUAUCUGUAGCAAAAGCUUCAGCCAGAAAUCUGUGUUAACGACACACCAAAGAAUCCAUGUUGGAGGCAAGCCCUACGUGUGUGCAAACUGUGGCGAGAACUUCAGUGAGCAGAAGCAGUAUCUGACACACCGCAAGACACACGUGUCUGAGGAGCACCAUCUGUGCAAUGAGUGUGGCCGCUCCUUCAGCCAUAGUGCAGCAUUUGCCAAGCACCUGAAAGGCCAUGCUUCAGUGAGGAACUGCCGCUGCGAUGAAUGUGGUAAAACCUUUAGCAGGAGGGAUCACCUUGUCAGACAUCAACGAACACACACUGGGGAAAAGCCUUUUACCUGUGCCACCUGUGGGAAAAGCUUCAGCAGAGGCUAUCACUUAAUCCGGCAUCAGAGAGUCCACACAGGAAAGACCAAGACCUAGCUAGGGGCCUUAUGUGGAGAGCUUAAUUCUGCCGCCAACUGAGAUGGAUGGGUUCUGUGUUCAACCUGAGAAGAACUUUUCUGAGGCAUCUCUGACCUGCCCGUACCUUACAUCACCUCUUCCAACUACCAAACAAAACGACUCAUCUUUUCUCAGUUGAGGCUUCUGUUUCACUGGCAUACUCCUGCCUCUACCUCAUAGGUGUGGUGUAGGAGAUGUGGGACUUAAGGAAAUUUGGGUCACUGUAUUUUGGGAAACAUAGGCUGCUCUAGAUCCUGGAGACUACUUGACAGCCUCAACUUCAGUGUGGUCAAGGAUAAGUACGUAGGUCUGAUAAGCGACCGACUUAAAAGGGUCUGUCCUUACUGGACUCAAACCUUAAAGCACAAAACCCUAAACUCAAGAUAGGAGGUUUGGGUCCUGAUAGAUUUGCCACACUGACGGGAUAGCUACAGUUCCUCACUAAUUCGCCUCUUCACUGUACACUUUCCUUUGAUGCUGGAGACAAAGGGGAAGAAUUUUGAAGGACAAAUCCUUAAGGCUCCUUCACAAGGAUUUUGACAGGCUGCUCCUUUCCCCAUUGUCAGAAUGACACUAAGUGCCACAUACUGCUACAAAAGCGGGCCUAAGCAAAAGCCUCUUGGGGUGUACCACCCCUGUCUAAAUACUCCUGUCUACUCUUCAGCCACUGUCAGUUUGUCCCUUACAUGCCUACUGCAAAAGAGGUGUAGUACUGGAGUGCUGAAGAACUCAGUAAAGCAUAAUUAAGACAUGGUGAAAUCCAUUCCAUUCCCACAUAAUGUUUAAGCCUGUCCUCCUUCAUUUGGCUUGUGAGAAGGGAUCUAAAGCUCUUGUUAGCAUAGAAAGGCACUGUAUCUAGUGCAGAAUCAUAAUUGACUGAGAGAGACUAGAGAAGAUAUAAAACCAGUCUGGAAGACUGAAACAGCUGCUGCCACUGGCUGAGACUAUUCUGACUCCCAGUCCUUGGUAUCCCUGCCUGGGUUCUCUAAUAUCUGGGAAGAUUAUGAACCCUAGUACUUGGGACCCUGAGAAUUAAUCAGAGUAAAGGGAUUUUUAUGUGUCUUGUGUUACUUGGUUUUUCAUGUGUAAGUUCAUUUUCAUGUAAUUGUGAACUAAAAAGUAGUAUCUCCCGGUGCCCACAGGUCUCUCACCUGUUCAGUGUUCCCAGGAGGCUGAAAUUCUAUGACCUUACAUGUCUGAUCAUCUGAAAAGGACUGAGGACAGAUACUCCAUAAGUGGAGCACAGGAUGUGGGAUUAAAGCAUGAGAAGGCAGAUACACUUCUAUGCCUGAUUUCUUCUGCUUUACUUUACAAUCACAAAGGGAUAUGGUGGUUUAGCAAGGUAUCUUCUCAGCUCUAAUCCAAUAGGGAAAUUCUCUUAACGAUGGACUAGUCAAAUUUUAAUGCCAGUCAAUCAUUGUCGUGAAGAUACAUAAGAAAUAAAUAAAGUGGGCUGGAGAGAUGGCUCAGUGGUUAAGAGCACUGGCUGCUCUUCUGGAGGUCCUGAGUUCAAAUCCCAGCAACCACGUGGUGGCUCACAACCAUCUGUAAUGAGAUCUGAUGCCCUCUUCUGGUUUGUUUGAAGACAGCUACAGUGUACUUACAUAUAAUAAAAUAAAACAAUAAAUCUUGGGGCCGGAGUGAGAAGACAAAAAAAAAUUUAUUUAAAAGAAAGAAAUAAAGUAAUAUUUGCAACC